AUGGCGUUGAGCUACUACUCCAACUGGACCUCUUUUCAGCAGCCAGACUACUCCGGCGAUGAUCCAGAGCUCCAAUCUCUGUUGAACCCGGACGACUAUUUCGCCGACUCUCUUCUCUGCGACGAUCUCACUUAUCAUGCUAAUGGACUUCCCUUGGAAUUGGAUAAUCUCACAACUGCAACCCAACCCCCACCCUUUCUUUUGCCGCACCAACAACCCUUGUUCCACUUCCCCAAACGCCAAAAGCUCUACGAUUACUCGCUGCCGGAAUUUGUCUUGCCGCCGCCGUUGCCUCAGUUCCCUGCCGCGGAUUUCAGCUGUGAGAGCGCCAAGAACGAAACGAGCUUAUCCGCACAGAGCAUCGCAGCCAGGCAGAGGCGGCGGAAGGUCACAGUGAAGACGCAGGAACUCGGGAAGCUGGUUCCCGGCGGGCAGAGGAUGAACACGGCGGAGAUGCUGCAAUCCGCCUACAACUACAUCAAGUUCUUGCAGGCGCAAGUUGCUCUCCUUGAAUUCCUUGGUUCGCAUCAUCAGGAGGUACCAUUCGAAGGUGAAGAAGAGCUCCAGAAUCUUCUAGAAUCUCCUUUGAUUCAAGAAAAGCUAUACUCCACUCAACAUUGCUUGCUUCCAAACAAGUUGGCGGAACAAGUUCCAUUACUCAAAUCCAAUCCACAUUUGCUGGAAAAUGAUCAUUGAAGGACG